GUUUCCAGAAUGUUUGAGAGUUUUCUAGCCUGGACGCUGAUUUCCUUUGUCGUCGUUUUUCGAUGUGUAGUUUGGGUAGUUUGGAGUUACCGAAGCAAUCAAAAUAUUAAGUAUUACUAAAUGUUUACUUGUCAGUGUUGCAUCGUUUAAAGUUUCUUACUCAAAAAAUACAUACAGAAGCACGUGCAAAGUAGCAUCUUUGUAUAGACAUUUUGCAAGUCAGCUGUCACGAAAACGCGACUCAGCAACAAACUGCAAAUAUACUUUUAAUCAUAGUUUGCAACUUCUUGCUGUAUUACAUUCUACUCUACUAAUACUCAGUAGAUCUACUUUAACAUCAAUUUGGAAGCAUGGCAAAGUGGGGUGAAGGAGAUCCUCGUUGGAUUGUAGAAGAUAGGCCUGAUGCAACAAAUGUUAAUAAUUGGCACUGGACAGAGAAAAAUGCUUGUGCUUGGUCACAAGAAAAGUUAAAAGAAUUAUUUUUAAAUACAAAAAUUGAAGGAGAUGGAGUAUCAUGUAAAAUAUCAGAAAUGGAAAAAUGUGAAGGUGAGGCAGUAGCUAAUAAUAGGAAAGGAAAACUUAUUUUUUUUUAUGAAUGGAAUAUUGUUCUAAAAUGGAUAUCUAAUGGAAAAUCAAGUAAGAAAAUUGAGGGUAAAAUAAAUAUUCCUAAUCUCUCUGAAGAAAAUGAUAUUAAUGAAGUUGAUAUUGAAAUAACAUUAAAAGAUAGUACUGAUGAAGGAGAGCAAAUAAAACAAUUUUUACAUACAAAAGGGAAGGAUACAAUAAGAGAAAAGUUAAAAAAAUAUGUUUCUUCUUUAAAAGAAGAAUUUACAAAAGGAAUGAUACUUCCCAAAAAGGAUAAUGUAAAAGAAAACAUUUUAAAUAUAACAUCUGGUUUUAAUGCUAAAAUGCAAAUGAAUACAGCAGUGAAAUCCACAAAUAAUAAAACAAUUGGAUGUAAAAUCUCGACCACUUCUAUUAAUCAACAGAUAAAGUUCCAAUGUAGGGCAGAAGAGUUUUACAAUGUCUUUUCUUCGCCUGAGAUGGUACAAGCUUUUACAAAAAAUCCAGUAAAGUUAGAAGCGAAAAAAAAUGGUUAUUUUGAACUUUUCGGUGGCAACAUCCAUGGUGAAUUUGUCGAGAUUACACCGACAAAAAUAAUUCAAAAGUGGCGUUGUAAACAAUGGCCGACUGGACAUUUUAGCGAGGUAACAAUUGAUAUCAAUGAGAAAAAUGAUCAUACUGAGGUUAAUUUAUUGCAGACUGGCGUUCCACUUAGCGAAGAAGCCUCUACAAAAGAGAAUUGGGAUAGGUAUUAUUGGGACGCUAUAAAACGGACCUUCGGUUUUGGAUACUUUAUGUGAUCCAAAUUUGCUGUAUUUAUUUAUUGCUAAGUAGAACAAUCGCGAAGAGCGCGCGUAUUACCGCGCGAGUGCUUGACUUCUGCGGGAGCAUAGAUGAAUCUACGCGAUGGAAAAGGUGUGCCAGGAUAUACGCACAGAUAUACUCUGUUCUUUCUUCGUAUAAUUUGGUACCGCCUCGUGUAAGACUAUUAUAAUAUUGUUGCGCGUAGUGUCGUGUGACAUUACACAGCGAUUGUACGUCUUUUUCUUUAGAUGUAUGUGUCUAAUAAAUCAUAAGAUAUAAAACAGUAA